AUGGCCGUAUAUUUGGUCUCCGUGUUCGUCCUACUGACCCAGUGUCAGGCGGUUCCCUUUGACUACCUAUCUCCUACCAAUAGCUCCCUUACAGAGGGUCUUCAGAUGGAAGUGGGGGAAAACAAUAACACAAGUGAACAAUUCUUAUUCUCUACUCAGCCUCCAGGUACAACUCGUCGAACACCACAGACUAUCAUUAUUGGAGUACGGAAAGGUGGGACCAGAGCUUUGCUAGAGAUGUUGGACAUUCACCCCAACAUUGCAGUGGCUGCAACUGAAGUACAUUUCUUCGACUGGGAUGAGAAUUACAUCAAAGGGAUUGAGUGGUACAGGAGUCUUAUGCCAUACUCAUUUGAAAAUCAAAUUACUAUUGAGAAAACGCCAGGCUAUUUCACAUCUCUGCAGGCACCGGAAAGGAUUCAUAGCAUGAACAGCUCAAUUAAAUUGCUUCUCAUUUUGAGAGAUCCAACCGAGAGGGUCAUAUCGGAUUAUACCCAAGUAUACUACAACAGGCUUGAGAAUCACAAGCCUGUACAACCCUUUGAGGGCAUGGUGAUUAAAAAUGGUGCACUUAAUACCAAAUAUAAGGCAAUCCAAAGGAGCUUGUAUGACGUACAUAUGGAGAGAUGGCUGAAAUACUUUAAUUUGAAUCAGAUUCAUAUAGUGGAUGGUAAUACUUUAAUAAAAAAGCCUCUGACCGAACUGCAGAAGGUAGAAACGUUCCUCAACCUCCCUCCUAGAAUUGUGUCUUCAAAUUUCUACUUUAACCAAACCAAGGGAUUCUACUGCAUUCGAAGUGAUGGGAGAGAGAGGUGUUUACAUGAGUCCAAAGGGCGCCCCCACCCAGUAGUAAAUGAAACUGUCCUGGAGCAACUUUACAAUCACUUCAGAGAACACAAUCACCGGUUCUACCAAAUGGUUAAUCAGUCUUUUGACUGGCACUAA